AUGAUAUUAUUAAUUGAAAUGGAUUUAAAAGCAAUUUUAAAACGAAAGUUACAGAAAUUGAAUGGUUCCCAAAAACUGUCUAGCAAAGAAAUUGAAGAAAUAGAGGAUACACAUUUCAAGAAUUAUUUGAGAGAAUGGACAAACAGAGAACCUGCAGCAGAAAGAGGAAUUCCUAAGUUUUUCAACAAAAUCCCAAAACAAAAUGAACCACUCAGAUCAAAAUUGAGAGAAGAAAGCAGAUCUAAUUUAUUGAAAAGAAAAAGCUUACAACUCCUAGACAAUGAUGAACUAAAAGAAGUCUGGGUGUUACUGGACCAAAACCAAAGCUAUCCUGAAGAACAAUUGAUAACUUAUGCAGAUUUUCAGAAAGUUGCAAAAUUAGCUGGACCAAAAGUAAAACCCUAUUUCACUCCUAUUGUAUUUGCUAAGCUACAGCAAGGUGAUCCUCAGGGUAGAGUAUCUAUCAUGUCUUUAUUUAAUUAUGCUAUGAGAAAAGUUUGGCUUGACCAAACCAGAAUUGGUUUGUCUUUAUAUGAUGCUACAGGUCAAGGAUAUCUCACAGAAGCUGAUCUGGAAAAUUACAUCACUGAGUUAUUACCUACUCUACCACAACUAGAUGGUCUAGAAAAAUCAUUUCAUAGUUUCUAUGUGUGCACUGCAGUCCGGAAAUUUCUAUUUUUCCUUGACAUAGUGAGAGCUGGAAGAGUUAGAAUAUUGGAUGUUCUUGCUUGCUCAUUUCUGGAUGAUUUACUAGAGCUCCGUGAUGAGGAACUAAGCAAAGAACUUCAGGAACAGAAUUGGUUCAGUGCACCUUCUGCACUUCGUAUUUAUGGCCACUAUUUGAAUUUGGAUAGGGAUCAUAAUGGGAUGCUAAGUAAGGCUGAAUUAGCAGGUUAUGGUUCUGGAACUUUGACUAAACCAUUUUUGGAUAGGGUGUUCCAAACUUGUUUGACUUAUGGUGGUGAAAUGGAUUACAAAACCUAUUUGGAUUUAGUGCUUGCAUUGGAGAAUAGGAGUGAACCACAGGCUCUAGCAUAUUUAUUCCGGAUUUUGGAUAUAAAAAACUGUGGAUAUUUGGAUUCAUUCACACUGAAUUAUUUCUUCAGAGCAAUACAGGAUCAAAUGAGAGCACAUGGUGCUGAUCCAGUUUCGUUCCAAGAUGUGAAAGAUGAACUGUUUGAUAUGGUUAGGCCUAAGGAACCAGAGAAAAUAACUCUGGCUGACUUGUUAGCUUGUUCUCAAGGUGACACAUUCAUCAGCAUUUUAAUCGAGUUCCAUGGAUUCUGGGCGUAUGAGAAUCGUGAAGCUGUCUCAACUGAUCCUACACAAGAUUGA